AUGGCCUCCAUGGAAGAGCUGAAGGUGGUGCGCGUGUUCCGGGCGCUAAACACGAUGAUUCAGCUGUGCCGCGACCGCGGCUACAUCAUUCGUCACCCGUCCGCCAUCGCCGAGGCAGUGCAAGACCCCGCGCUGUACGACCCCGAAGAGGGUCUCGACUACGAUUGGUUUCUGCAUCACUUCGUCGUGACGCCCGAGCGCGCCGACAGCAUGCGGGCAAAGAAGAACAGCAGCAGCAGCGGCAGCGGCGGCGGCAGCGGCGCGGAGAACAAGAAGCGCCGGAUAGUCAAGGAGGAGCAGGACGAAGCGGAAGGCACCGAUCUCACCGAGGAAGCGGAGAUCCUGCGACGGGCGGCAAACGGGGAGUGGAUCUGCAUGCGUAAUGCGAUGCGUCUGUCGUGCUCCCUCGCUCCGGGAGGGGCGGGCAGCGUCCCCGCCCCAGGGGUGACGAAGGUGCCGCUGACCACCGCCGCAUCCGUGGUGAAGAAGGAAAAGGAAGAGGAUGACGGGGCAAUGACGGCGGCUGAGGCGGCGAAGGCGGCCAAGAACGCCCUGAUGGUCUUCUUCUCGGGUGAGUCGAAGCUGACGAUGAAAGAGGUGCAGGCGUGCCGUGAGAAGGCGAUGAAGAAGAAGGCUUCGUCGAUUAUCAUGGUGGUGAACAGGGUCGAGCCUGGUGUGCGCCUGGAUGUGCAGGAGCUGAGCGGGCGCAUGGACGAGCUCACCGGCGAGGCUCUCUUGACAAUUCAAAUCUUUGAGGAAGAGGCACUCGCGUUUAACGUCGUGCGUCACGAGACCGUGCCACACCACGCCGCUCUCAGCGAAGCAGACGCACAGGCUUUUUUGGAUGCACACAAGCUGAACAUUUCGCAGCUGCCGCGGAUGCUGGAGAGCGACCCGCUUGUGCAAUACCUAGGUCUGCAGCGCGGCAGCGUUGUGCACAUCACUCGGGAAGGCAAGCAAGGUAGGCCCUACAGCAUGUACCGGCACGUGAUUUAG